AUGCCGCAGCUGGUCUUCCCCGGCCCCCCGUUGGCCACCAACAGCGAGUGUGACUGCACGCCCCCCAGCAGGCGGGCGUCCCUUGGCUCGCCCCUGAGCCAGCCGCUGUGCCAGCCGCGGCCCGAGAAGCAUGGGCCCCAGGCGGCCCGGGAGGUGCGCUACGUGGCGACAGGGCGGCCGGACGAGGCCUGCGGCUGGCGGGCCUUCGCGCCCACGUGCCUGCAGGCCUUCAACACACCCCGGGGCUUCCUGCUAUUCCUGUGCGCGGCCUCCUUCCUGCAGGGCAUGACAGUGAACGGCUUCAUCAAUACUGUCAUCACAUCCAUUGAGCGGCGCUACGACCUGCACAGCUACCACAGUGGCCUCAUCGCCAGCUCUUACGACGUGGCCGCCUGCCUCUGCCUCACCUUCGUUGGCUACUUUGGAGGCCACGGCCACAAGCCUCGCUGGCUAGGCUGGGGCGUGCUGGUCAUGGGUGCUGGCUCGCUGGUCUUCUCACUGCCCCACUUCACCGCUGGCCCCUACGAGGUGCAGGUGGACGAGGCCGUCGGAACAUGCCGGGCCAACCGCAGCGCGACCUGCGGGGGCCACGCCUCUGGCCUGUCCAGCUACCAGCUGGUCUUCAUGCUGGGCCAGUUCCUACACGGCGUGGGCGCCACCCCGCUGUACACACUGGGCGUCACCUACCUGGAUGAGAAUGUCAAGUCCAGCUACUCGCCUGUCUACAUCGCCAUCUUUUACACCGCGGCCAUCCUCGGCCCCGCAGCCGGCUACCUGGUCGGAGGUGCCCUGCUGAAUAUUUACACCGAAAUAGGCCACCGGACGGAGCUGACCACCGAGAGCCCGCUGUGGGUCGGCGCCUGGUGGGUGGGCUUCCUGGGCACUGGAGCUACCGCCUUCCUCAUCGCCGUGCCCAUCCUUGGCUACCCGCGGCAGCUGCCAGGCUCCCAGCGCUAUGUGGUCAUGAGAGCAUCUGAAACACACCAGUUAAAGGACAGCAGCCACAGGAUGACCAGCAACCCCGACUUCGGGAAAACCAUCAGAGACCUGCCUCUCUCCAUCUGGCUCCUCCUGAAGAACCCCACGUUCAUCCUGCUCUGCCUGGCCGGGGCCACAGAGGCCACGCUCAUCGCGGGCAUGUCCACGUUUGGCCCCAAGUUCCUCGAGUCCCAGUUCAGCCUCAGUGCCUCGGAAGCUGCCACCUUGUUUGGGUACCUGGUGGUGCCGGCAGGCGGCGGAGGCAUGCUCCUGGGUGGCUUCUUUGUGAACAAGUGCAGGCUCCGAGGUUCAGGCACCCUCAGGCUCUGCCUGCUCUGCAGCCUGACCAGCGUGCUGGCCUCCUUCGUCUUCUCCAUGCACUGCCCCAACGUGCCCAUGGCGGGCGUGACCGCCAGCUACAACGGGAGCCUCCUGCCCGAAGGCCACCUGGGGCUGACAGCUGCCUGCAACGCCGCCUGCGGCUGCCAGCCAGAGCACUACAGCCCCGUGUGUGGCCCCAACGGCCUCAUGUACUACUCGCCCUGCCACGCGGGGUGCCCGGAGGCGGCCUCGCCUGGCCCCGGGGGCCAGAAGGUGUACCGAGACUGUAGCUGUGUCCCUCAGAAUUUUUCCUCUGCUUUUGGCCAUGCUACCGCAGGGAAAUGCACUUCAACUUGUCAAAGAAAGCCCCUCCUUCUGCUUUUCAUAUUCGUUGUAAUUAUCUUUACAUUCCUCAGCAGCAUUCCUGCACUAACGGCAACUUUACGGUGUGUCUGUGACCAGCAGCGAUCCUUUGCACUAGGAAUCCAGUGGAUCGUGGUUAGAACUCUAGGGGGCAUCCCGGGCCCCAUCGCCUUUGGCUGGGUGAUCGACAAGGCAUGCCUGCUCUGGCAGACCCAGUGCGGCCAGCAGGGCUCCUGCUUCGUGUACCAGAACUCGGCCAUGAGCCAGUACCUGCUUAUCGCAGGGCUGGCAUACAAGGUCCUGGGCUUCGUUUUCUUCACCGCUGCCUGCUUCCUGUACAAGCCCCUGUCGGGCUCUUCGGACGGCCUGGAGGCUUCUCUGCCCAGCCAGUCCUCAGCCUCCGGCAACCCCACGGACCUUCAGGAAGCCCCCUCAGCCCUCCAGAUCCGGAGCGACAUCUGA